GUCUAGCCUUAAGACUAGGGAAGGAGGAGCCGGCUAAAACAGACUACUCCCCUGUGCAGUCGUUCCCUCUACCCUAAUAAGGCUUUGGCGCCUCUCCCAGAACUCGGUCCAGGGAAUGCUCUCUGCCUGGUCCAGCCCCGACAGACGCGGUCCGAGAAGAGCGGAGCGCGGAAACCGCGGAGCAUGAGUCCUCCGAGGCUGCGAGCGUCGCUGUCGCCGUCGCUGCUGCUGCUGCUGCUGCUGCUGAGUGGCAGUUGCCUGCUCGCGGCUGCUCGGAGGGAAAAGGGGGCUGCUGGCAACGUGGUGGAGCCGGUCCCCGGGCCCACGGGCGGCUCCUCGGGUCGCUUCCUCAGCCCCGAGCAGCACGCGUGCAGCUGGCAGCUCCUGCUUCCCGCCCCGGGGGCCGCAGCGGGCAGCGAGCUGGCGUUGCGCUGCCAGAGCCCGGACGGAGCACGCCACCAGUGCGCCUACCGUGGGGAGCCGCAGCGCUGCGCAGCCUACGCCGCUCGCCGCGCGCACUUCUGGAAGCAAGUGCUGGGCGGGCUGCGCAAGAAGCGGAGGCCCUGUCACGACCCCACGCCGCUCCAGGCCCGCUUGUGCGCGGGCAAGAAGGGCCACGGUGCCGAGCUGCGACUAGUGCCCCGCACGUCCCCGCCCGCACGCCCCUCCGCCACGGGAUUCGCUGGGGAGUCCAAGCCCAGGGCCCGGAGCCAGGGACGGCCCCGGGAGCGUGCGCCCGGCCCAGCCGCUGGGACCCUGCCACCCCAAAGCGCACCGCCGAAAGAAAACCCCUCUGAGAGGAAGACCAACGAGGGCAAGAGGAAGGCGGCCGUGGUCCCCAACGAGGAGCGACCCAUGGGGACCGGGCCCGACCCCGACGGGCUGGAUGGGAACGCGGAGCUCGCGGAGACCUACUGCGCUGAGAAGUGGCACUCCCUCUGCAACUUUUUUGUCAAUUUCUGGAACGGCUGAGACUGCCUGCCAGCUUAGGGAGGGAUCGGGGGGGAGACGUGGGGAAGGGAAAGCUAAGGGCGUCUUAGACCGGGGACUACCAUGAUAGAGAAUGGGGAGAAGUCCAGGUUCUCUAAUGGGGCGGGGGCAAGGGUAAGGGUGGGGUGCUUGGGAUAAGAGUGUAAGGGGUAUGGAGAAUCUCUGGGAUAGCAGAGACGUUAAAAAUUUUAAAGAGUCUCAGUCCUGUUUAAGAGCAGGAAAAAUAAUGGAAACAGAAAUAGGAGUACCUUAAAUGUGCAAAAACUGGAGACUGGGGAGAGAAAUCGAUGUCGAGAGAGGCUGAGAAUAAGGGGGAGAUAGAGUGACUAAGGUGAUGUGAGUCCCAUGUGGGGAGGGGGAUGCAAUGUUUAUUGUUUAACAUUUCUAUUAAAUGCAGCCAUGAGCAAUUGCCAACCUGA